AUGCAUCCAGCAAAGUGUCUACUUACAUCGUUGUGGAUUGCCUGCCUGAUCCUCCCAGAGUAUUCUAAGGCCGAACAGGAUGAUCUGAAUAAGGAUCCCUUAGCUGAACGUCUCGUAGAUCGGUUGACCAACGUUGAGAACACAAUUUCGAGUCUGGAGAACAUCGUCAAGCGCCUCGACUCACAAGUAAUGGCAUUAACGGCGAGUGUUGAAGAAAUCAGGAAAGAACAAAAUUUACGAUCAUGUGAUCGAAUCAUUUCCCAUUGUGGCGAAACCGGCGCGUCAGGAGUUUUCAAUCUACGUACCUGCUCCGAACCUGACUUCAACGUGUUCUGCAACCAAUCUUUCCAAGGAGGCGGAUGGCUUGUGGUCUACAAUCGCUCCAAUGGCAACGACAGGCUGUUUAAUCACACCUGGAAGACCUACGAGCAAGGAUUCGGUCAACCAAAUGGGGAACACUUUAUCGGUCUGCGGAGACUCCAUUCACUUACGCACGGAUCUUUUUCUGAGGCAGUUUUUAUUCUUACCGGCAACGGAGAGGAAAGCACAGUUACGUAUGAUGACUUUGAAAUCGACAACGAAGAAAAGCAAUAUGAAAUCAAACGAAUUGGUUCUCCACACGGAAAAAUGAGGCUUUUCUUCGCCAAUCAAGCAUACAAAUUCCAAACGUACGAUAGAAAUCAGCUACAUGCGCUAGCCCGCGACCGUAUGUUACUGGAUGGUUGUGCUUUUUGGUUCGUGGAUUCUCCUCACUCCCAUGAUUCUGAAGAGUUUUCACAGUUUUGCCAACAACUGCGUCACUUGAAGAUCAUGAUACGCAAACGUAAUUUAAUCUAG